AUGGAAGAUGAGGAAAAAAGAUGUCACGAAGAGCCUAGUGAAUUUUAUUUUGAAUCUGAUCAUUUAGCAUUAAAAGGAAAUAAAGAUUAUAAUACUGCCUUAAAAACAAUCGUCAUUCUUGAAGCACAACGUGCUCAAGCUAUAGAAGAUCUAGACAAACUUUUAUCAAUUCGUUCUAAAGCGCUAAAGGAUCCGAUAUCUUUCGUAGCUCAAAUACAAAAUGGUGAGCUACCAGAAUUACCAGGGCCACAAAAAAUUGCUGAAAUCCCUUACAUCGACUGGACACAAUAUAACAUAGCUCCACCUGAUAUAAGAAUGAGGCCACAAACAAGACAUGGACACAUUUUGUCACACAUACAAAUGAAAUCAGAUCAGGAGGAGGAUGGAAAAAUUUUAGUAAGAGGACGUGCUUUUGAUGAAAGUAAGCCAGAGACUUUCAAUCAGUUAUGGACAGUAGAAGAACAAAGAAGACUAGAGGAACUUUUAAUUGAGUAUCCACCAGAAGAUGUUGAAAUGAGAAGAUGGACUAAAAUAGCUAAUGCUUUAGGUAAUAGGACUCCAAAACAAGUAUCCAGCAGAGUCCAAAAAUAUUUUAUUAAACUCUUAAGAGCUGGAUUACCUAUACCUGGUCGAGGUCCCAAAAUGAAAUUAGAUAUUAAAAAAGGAAAUGGUCAUAGACAUCAACGCAAUAAUUCUUCAUUAUUGAGACGAUCUACAUUUUUUCCUCAUCAAAAUAUGUCCUUCACAAUACCUGAUGAAAGCAAAGAACAGACAAUUACAGAAGAAUCUGAAGAUGAUGCUGGAAAUAGUAUUAUUGAUGAUAAUCCUGAACUGAGACAGAUAGAAUUACUAAAACAAGUAAAAAUUGAGAAAGAACAAAAUUUGUCUCCCAAUAAACAUAUUGGAUAUAAGUGUUCAAUUUGUGGAGAAGAUCCUUUAAUAGGUACAAGAUGGCAUUGCACAGAAUGCCAAGAUGGAAUUGAUUUAUGUGCUGAUUGUGCUGUAGCACAAUUAGAGGUUGAAAAACCAUUACAUGAUACACUACAUAGACUGCUUCCUAUAAAACCACCCCAAUAUACUAGAAAUUAUGAUCUAGAUUAUUUUCCACAUAGUUUCAUAUCUCCGUCACACAAAGCAACAUACAUGUCUGGUUUAAAUGUUUCAAUAACUUCCAUAUAUUUAUCAACUGUUAUUGUAUAUUUUCCACAUCUUGUCCAUAACGGAAUGAUUUUAGAUUCUCGAAAACCUGAAGGUGUAGUAGAGGCUGGGUCAUGUAUUGUAAGAAAAUUAAUAUAUUCCUAAACAAAUAUUAUGAUAUUUAUUAUAUGUAUAUUAUUUACAAUUUAAAAUAUAAAUAUUUAUUAUUUACCUUCAUACCCACAAAAUUUGCAAAAUUAAUAUUACAGUCCUUCAUUGUUUCAUGCAUUAAAUAUGUAGAAGAAAGUGAAACAGAUAACAUUUGUGGACUCAAAGUAACCAUUUUAAAAACAUCUUUAGUUAAAUGUGGUACACAGCCUCCCUAACAAAAACAUUUCAAAUAAAAUAUUUCAAUUUUUCUUCAGAUUUUGAAGAAUCAUGAAAUCUUACCUUUGUAUAAACAAGAACAAGAGGAGUUUCAAAAGUGCUAUUAGGAAUUCUUUCAAAUUCUGUUAAUAAACCAAUACGGGCAGCGCAAGAUUUUAUAGAAUUAGUAGUGAAUUUCAUAUUGAUUACUAUUAAUAUUUAUAUUUAUCAUAAUUUAUAGAAAAAUUAAUUUAAUAGAUAUUUUAAUCAUUAAGUACAAUUAUAUAGUUUCGCACUAAGACAUAACCUUAAUAAAUCCACAUGGUAUUGAUAAAGUUUGUUAUUAUAUACAUGGUAUAUAUUACUAGAUUGCACGCUAUAACGUGAUAGAUCUGGCUAGAUUUAGCCAUUGACUAAAAACAGAUUAGAUGUAAUAUUAUAUAGGAUUUCAUGCUUGAAGUUUUGAAAUAUCAAUAUCGAAAAAUAUCUUACAGCCUCUAUGGAUUGUUGAAAUAUCUUCUAUGAUUUUCAUUGAUUAAAUGUAAAAUCGACUGGAUAUUAAAUAAGAUUUAAUGUCUCAGAGUUUGAAAUAUCGGGAAAAAAUCACUGGUUUUUGAGCGUCCUUAACGCUUAAAUUAUUAACUAUUUUUAUUAAAUUUUAAUUUAAAAUUAGACUAAGGUUUAAAAAAUAA